UUUAAUUGUGGUUUAUAACAGAUUAAUAGGGCAAAAGCACUAAUGGAACAAGAUGCCAAAUUUAAAAAUGGUUUUAAAUUUGAUCAUGUAUGGCCUAUUGUUAAAGACUUGGAGAAAUUUCAAAGUCCUUCGGGUAGAGAACCAAGUGUUGCAAGUCGAAAGCGAAGUUCUGACAUUGAAGGUGCAGAGUCACAAGGCGAUAAGUCAAUAGGUUCAUCAUCGUUUUGCCUUAACUUAGACGAUGAUUUCGAAAGUCAGGGCUUGAACAAUGAACGUCCUACCGGGCGUAACAAGGAAAAAAAGAAGAAGCAAGCAUUUGCAGAAUGUCAUGAUUAUUUUGCCAAAGUCACAGAACAUAAUGAAAAGAUCGCACAAAUGUUCGAACAAAGUCAAACUCAACUCCAAAAAAAUUAUGAGCUUCAAAUGAUGCAACUACAGUUGGCGGAACAACAGGAAGAUAACAGAAUCAUGAGCAUAGAUGUUGAUUCCAUCACAGAUCCAAUAAGGCGUGAUUGGCUUAAAAAUACACAAUUACAAAUUCAUGCAAAGAGAGCUCGUCAACCACUUGGAGGAGAAGAAUCAAGCAGUCAGUUUACUCAAUAUUUUAAUCAUUUGGGAGGAAAUGAUGCUGGCCUAGGAGAUUAUUGA